AAAGCCAACCCCGCCGUGGCGUGCGCCUCUCGUUUCUCUUCUCCGCGGCUCCCGUCUUCCCCAACCUCAAGCCCCCAAAUCCAAACUCUCCUCUCUCCUCUCUCAGAUCGGAUCACGAGAGCCCAAUCCCAAUCCCACGAUCUCUCUCCCGUUCGACACGUCCCUUGCUCGCGGCGACCGGAGAGGGGAGAGAGAGAGAGAGAGCUUGCGGGCUCACCGUCGCAGCGGCAGACGAUCAGAAGAGGAGGCGAAGAUGUCGUCGGUGUUCAGCGGCGAUGAGACCGCCCCCUUCUUCGGCUUCCUCGGCGCAGCCUCCGCGCUCGUCUUCUCCUGCAUGGGUGCGGCGUACGGGACGGCCAAGAGCGGCGUCGGGGUGGCGUCCAUGGGUGUGAUGCGGCCGGAGCUGGUGAUGAAGUCCAUCGUGCCCGUGGUCAUGGCUGGUGUGCUCGGUAUCUACGGUCUCAUCAUCGCCGUCAUCAUCAGCACAGGGAUCAACCCCAAGGCCAAGCCUUACUACCUCUUCGAUGGCUACGCGCACCUCUCAUCUGGACUUGCUUGUGGCCUUGCUGGUCUUGCUGCCGGCAUGGCCAUUGGCAUUGUCGGUGAUGCCGGAGUCAGGGCGAAUGCUCAGCAACCAAAGCUGUUUGUGGGUAUGAUCCUCAUCCUCAUUUUCGCUGAAGCUCUUGCUCUCUAUGGCCUCAUUGUUGGCAUCAUCCUGUCAUCUCGUGCUGGCCAAUCCCGUGCGGAUUAGGCACUGCUUCAACACGCAACCCUUAGUGGGUUCUUGUUUCAUAUUCCUGAAACUACAAGCUGAGCUCUAGGGGUUUAUUCUGUCUAGAUUCUGUUCUUCUGUUGGGUCGCGGAAAAAAAAACAGCAUAUGUAUCCAAGGGAGGUUUGCCUCUUGUGGUGCCAUUCUUUUUCGUUGUGGUGGGUGCUGGCAGGCGGUCUGAAUCUUAUUUAUGCACAGUUUUUUUGGGGUCUGGCUAGACAGUGCUGUAAUCUGGUGAAUAAGCAAAUAAUUCGCAAUGCAAUGGGAGCAUGAGACUCUUUUGUUCACUCAUA